CUUCCCGCCUCCACGCGCUCUGCCGGGAACCUUUUGGAAUUCCACUCGGACUUUUGUGUCGGGCCGCGAAGAAGGCGGAAGGACCUGCGAGCGAUCAUGCGGCUCGUGUGUGUUACGCACGGCUUCCUGCCUCUGUGGCUCCCGCUGCUCGGAUCCGUGUUGGACGUUUACGCGGGGCCGAUUUUGCUCAACUCCAACGCCAUUAAGAACCUCCCGGGAGGUAAAGGCUUCGACGCGGUCAGCCCGAGUCCACGCACGUCUCCCCCCGGCAGCGUGGGACACAAAGCGCCCGUGGACACUUUGCAGCAGGCGGGAGUUUGCGCGGACGAUGACGACUGCGGAGGGGAUGAAUUCUGCAACGACGUCCGGAGCAUUUGUCUGCCCUGCCGCAGGAACCGGAAGCGGUGCGCACGGGAUUCCAUGUGUUGCGCGGGAAGUCGCUGCAGCAACGGUGUUUGUCAGACGAACGACCUUGACGGCGAGGCGGGCUGGCACACACACAACAACAGCAUGGAGCACCACGCCAAAAGACCACUGGUGGCCCAGGACACCCACCCUGUCAAAGGUCAGGAAGGAGAUACGUGUCUGCGCUCGGCCGACUGCGCCGAGGGUCUGUGCUGCGCCAGGCACUUCUGGUCGCGCAUCUGCAAGCCGGUGCUGACGGAGGGCCAGGUGUGCACGCGCCACCGCAGGAAGGGCACCCACGGCUUGGAGCUCUUCCAGCGCUGCGACUGCGGCGACGGCCUGGCCUGCAGGCCCGAGAGAGGCGAGCGAGACCACGGCGUCGGCAGGACGUCGUCCCGGAACCUACACACCUGUCAGAGACGCUGACCGACUCGCGGCGGCGACACGAAGGGUCACAGACACUGACACCCAAGACUUCCUGUCCUGCCCGUGCCGCUGUCGAGCCCGCCGGCGCAAGGAAGCGCGCCUCCCGGGGAAAGCGAUGCCCCGCAGAUGGACUCAUCGGGAUGGGAGGAAGCGGCCGCACGGAUCCGUCUUGGAACGGCGGCGAUGGCAGACAUGUUUUUGUUUCUG